AGCGCGACGGAGAGCGGGCAGGCGAGGGACCCCACGGCGGGCAGCUGGUGCUGCGCUCCAGCCUCCAGGGAUGGCCGAUAAGUGCAACGAGGGGCUGCUGAACGGCGCUGUGCCUGGGGAGCGGGGCAAGCAGGACAAGAGUGUCAAACGCGGCAACUGGGGCAACCAGAUCGAGUUCGUGCUGACCAGCGUGGGCUACGCCGUGGGGCUGGGCAACGUCUGGCGCUUCCCAUACCUCUGCUACCGCAAUGGGGGAGGUGCUUUCAUGUUCCCCUACUUCAUCAUGCUGGUGUUUUGCGGCAUCCCCCUCUUCUUCAUGGAGCUCUCCUUCGGGCAGUUUGCCAGCCAGGGCUGCCUCGGCGUCUGGAGGGUCAGCCCCAUGUUCAAAGGCGUGGGCUACGGGAUGAUGGUGGUGUCCACGUACAUCGGGAUCUACUACAACGUGGUGAUCUGUAUUGCCUUCUACUACUUCUUUGUGUCCAUGACGCGUGUGCUGCCCUGGACGUACUGCAGCAACGCCUGGAACACGCCCGACUGCGCGGGGGUGCUGGAUGGGAACCUCUCCAGCCGCGCCGCCCUCAACCUCACCCACCUCCUCAACACCACCCAGAAGCGCACCAGCCCCAGCGAGGAGUACUGGAGGAGGUAUGUGCUGGACCUAUCGGACGACAUCGGGAACCUGGGCGAGGUGCGGCUGCCCCUCCUGGGCUGCCUUGGCGUCUCCUGGGUCGUUGUCUUCCUCUGCCUCAUCAAGGGCGUCAAGUCCUCGGGGAAGGUGGUGUACUUCACGGCCACCUUCCCCUACGUGGUGCUCACCAUCCUCUUCGUGCGUGGCAUAACACUGGAGGGGGCCCUCACCGGCAUCAUGUACUACCUGACGCCCCAGUGGGACAAGAUCCUCGACGCCAAGGUGUGGGGUGACGCGGCCUCGCAGAUCUUCUACUCGCUGGGUUGUGCCUGGGGCGGGCUCAUCACCAUGGCCUCCUACAACAAGUUCCACAACAACUGCUACCGGGACAGCAUCAUCAUCAGCAUCACCAACUGCGCCACCAGUGUCUACGCUGGCUUCGUCAUCUUCUCCAUCCUGGGCUUCAUGGCCAACCACCUGGGCGUGGACAUCUCCAAGGUGGCCGACCACGGCCCUGGCCUGGCCUUCGUCGCCUACCCCGAGGCCCUCACCUUGCUCCCCAUCUCACCCCUCUGGUCCAUCCUCUUCUUCUUCAUGCUCAUCCUCCUGGGGCUGGGUACACAGUUCUGCCUGCUGGAGACGCUGGUCACAGCCAUCGUGGAUGAGGUGGGCAAUGAGUGGAUCAUCCGCAGAAAGACCUUCGUGACGCUGGGGGUGGCUGUGGCGGGCUUCCUGCUGGGCGUCCCGCUCACCACGCAGGCGGGCAUCUACUGGCUCCUGCUGAUGGACAACUACGCCGCCAGCUUCUCCCUGGUCGUCAUCUCCUGCAUCAUGUGCGUGGCCAUCAUGUACAUCUACGGGCACCGCAACUACUUCAAGGACAUUGAGAUGAUGCUGGGCUUCCCGCCCCCGCUCUUCUUCCAGAUCUGCUGGCGCUUCAUCUCGCCCGCCAUCAUCUUUUUCAUCCUGGUCUUCACAGUGAUCCAGUACCGGCCCAUCUCCUACAAUGACUACGUCUACCCCACCUGGGCCAUCAGCAUUGGCUUCCUCAUGGCGCUCUCCUCUGUCAUCUGCAUCCCCAUCUACGCCAUCUACAAAGUGUGCCGCUCUGAGGGGGACACGCUGCUGGAGCGCUUGAAAAAUGCUACCAAGGCGAGCAAGGACUGGGGCCCGGCGCUGGCAGAGCACUGCAGCGGGCGCUACGCCCCGGCGUUCAGCCCCUCCACCGAGUCCCACCUGGAGGUGCAGCCCCUGCAGCCGGAGAAGGGCCCGAGUGAGGCGGCGGCGGCCCCCCCCACAUAUGGUACGGGCACGCACAUGGUACACGUGGGCACGCACAUACACAUGCCCCGAGGCUGGCACAGGGACACGGCGUGGCUUGGCACGGUGGUGGCGGGCGCUGAGCCCCAGCACGACGUUCCAGCUCCCCCAGCCCUGUCCUGA